AUGAGUCGCGUCCAUGAGAUCAAGCGUUCUCCUAGGAAGAAGAUGCGCUAUUUGCCAAAGGACGUGCCUCAAAUCGCCCAGCGCGGCAUGAUGCCAUGGCAAAUCACCGAAUACCGCCAAGUUUAUUGUUUGGAUCGGUUGCCGGACUGCCAGCUCCCCGAUGCUGUAAUUCACAUUCAUGUUGAAUGGGUUUGGCGAACGCGGAAGCUGGGGAACGUUGCAAAUCCUCCCCAAGUUUUGGUAGGGGAUUACGUGUGGGUUAUAUCGUGUGAGCAGGGGAUCAACGUCGUUCAACUGGGCGUUGUCAAGGAAAUUCUUCACUACCAGGAUAGUACCGAGCAGAACAUUGUCACUGAGAUUCUCAGACACAUACCGAUUCCUCUGGCCCUAGGCGAAGGGAAUCGCCCUAUCUACAAUCGCAUUUAUCCCACCAGGCACGAGGUGAUUUGCGAUAUGACUCAGGGGCAAGUUCACUGUGCUGGUUUUGAGAGUUAUCGGGAACCGUUAGUCAAACGUGUUCCCCGUUCCAAAAUUGAGCUCGUAACAAACGUUAACGAGGGCGCAAGCUGGGUUGAAGUUCAAUAUAUUCGCAAGGACUUGUGGGCUAAACGCCUCAAGGGCUUAAUCUAA